CCUUGUCUUUUGCCUUUUGCUUACAGCCCUUACUCGCAUAAUCUCUUAAAUCUUCUUUUCGCCUCUUGCAUUCUCACAAAAAAAGAAAGGAAUAAAAGAUUACCUUUACGAUGUACCCUCAAUCAGGACAUCCCUAUGGCCAUCCUCAACCUGGCCACCAUGCCCAACAACAUCCCCAGCAACCGCCUCCACCUUAUGGCUGGACUGGUUACCCUCAGGUGCCUGUUAGUUCACCUUACACCCCUCUUCCGCACCUACACCAGCCAAGCCAGCAUCCACACGCACACGCGCACACAGCACAGCAUCAUCCAUAUUACCAGGCUGCUCACCGUCCGACUUCGCCUUCACCUUCGUCAGAGCCCUCACGACCUCUCUCUGGAGGAUCCUACCAUCCCACGCAGUAUCCACCUCAUCAACCCCUCUCGCCUGCCCCUCCAUACUAUGCACAGCAAGCUUCAUCCUUGCCUGCGAGUCCUUCAGUCGUACUGCCUUCUUCCUCGGUUUCAAUUGCUCCAACAAUGCAUCCAACAACACCAACUUCGCCAGGGGCUCCUCCCAUUUUUUACAAGGCAGAGAUGACUGAGAGUCAAGCCCAGACCUGGAAGCAACAACGCGUCCAACAGAAUAUCAAGGUUGAGGUCUCUUCAUCUACAACACAAUCCAUUAAUACACCACCUUCCUCUUCAUCCACUUCUUCCUCUGCGUAUCGUCCUGUUCAAACAUCGCAACAGCAAACACAACCAGAGCUGCAGCGUAAAACCCAAUUGCAGGCACUGCACAAUCGCCAGAGUAGUAGUUUCAAUGCUGGGCCCCCUUCGCCACAGCCAUCUGCCUCCUGGAGCCAUUCCUCUAGUGGUGCUAGUCCAAGCUCUGCACACAGCCCCUAUCCUCCCACAACACCUUUGUCGCACACAGCAGCCGCAUCGAUGCAACCCAUGCCUGUGGAAUAUCAAUCUUCUCUGACGGACAACAUUCCGAUACCAAACUAUGACCGGGAUUCAUCACUGACGACACUCGAUCCUGCGCCUGCUGUGACGACAGGUAUCAAUGCCAGAGUCUCACGGCCAUAUUCAUCCACUCAGGACAGACCUGCAAUCCAACCACUUCAGGGAUACCCGUCUGCAAUUGAGCACCAAUCGUCACUGACAGAGAUGGACGCAACAUCUCGGACUAGCUCUGGAGUCUAUUCUCCUAGUCGAACGGAAUCAGGACUAGGAUCGGGCUCGGGACCAGGAUUUAGUGGACGGAGCUCCCAGUUCAGCUCAACUCAGUAUCCGAAUCGUCAGAGCCCUAACCAGUCGCCAUAUCCAUCAGCUAUCGAAAAUCAGUCGUCCCUUACAGAAGUCGACAACCUUCCAUUCCCAAUCGAAGCCCAGUCAGCAUUGACCGAGAUAGACGAUCGACCCUAUCCAAUUGAGGAGCAAUCGGCCCUUACUGAGGUCGACAAUCUACCUCAUCCAUUGAAAGAGCAAUCGGCUUUGACAGAAGUCGACAAUCUACCCCACCCUCUGGAAUCACAGUCGGCUCUCACUGAAAUCGACAAUCUGCCACAUCCAUUGGAAGCCCAGUCGCCCUUGACAGAGGUCGACAACCGACCGUAUGUACUUUCGGGACAAUCUUCAUUAACAGAAGUGGAUGAGUCAAUCGAGAAGCUCAGACAAACAGGGCUCACAGCCACAAAGGACGGCAUUAAGCUUAAGCCAAAGACGGCGCCAUCAUCUGAACCAACAACGUCCACCGCAAUUACGACCGCAACUGCCGUGGCCUUCUCUACCACUAGCACAGAUGUUGACGCGAACGCGGACGCGGACGUGGACGUGGACGCAGGUGCGGAAGAUAAGGACAUCGACUCUGCUUCAUCACCUGUCUCACCUGCAAUGAAGGCGCUUACGGACGUAGCUGCGUCCUCAUUCUCAAUGAGCAACUGGACGAUGCCAUCCGACUUUACAAACCCUAUGGCCCUGAAGGAGAAUGAGUCUCUUGAUGAUGUGAAGAACCUAUUGUCGCCAACGGGUAGUCUUCAUAAACGAUCGCCAGCCACCAUACACAUCGACACUACCCUGGCAGAAGCGGGCCGUUCAACCCCUGUCCUUGAAAGAACUGAAAGUACUAGCCUAAAUCCAAUUACACCCACGAUAACCAACGGCUUUCCUGUUCCGGAAUCACCAAUACCGAAAUCUCUAUUAUCAUCUGGUUCGCUUACAAGAAAGGCUAAAAGCCCUGUUAGUGGAACUCCUCCGAUCCCAGCACCCAAACCUGCAGCGCUUACAGCCGCAAAAGCUAGCCACCCACAAGCAGGUUCUUCAGGCUCGAAGCCCACGAUUUCGGAAGAGGUUUAUAUUCCCUUUCCGACGGAAAGGGUUGAUCUCAUUCCUGUGCAGGAUGCCCCUCUUCUGCAAGAAGAAAACGAGGGUGAUGAGGAUGAGAAUGAUGAUGAUGAGGAGGAGGAGGAGGAUGAUCUUGAUCAUGUGGAUGAUGGUGUAAGUGCCUUUAUCCGAGAACUACAGUCAAGCAUGCCUUUGUCACGAUCAGGAUCCGGUAGCAGAUCGGUUUUAGAUCCACUCAUAAAUGAAGACCUUGGUGCUAUCAGACGAUCUGACAGCAGCAGUAGUCAGACCAGCCAGCAAAAAGGUGUAGACUUUGGAGCUGAAGUGCCAAAACAGCCCACUGUGGAGCCUCAGCAGGCAGUAACAGCCAUGACAGCUAGCGAAGAAGGACAAGAUAACUUUCAAUAUGAGGAUGACUUGCAACAGCUGGAGGCAACGCAGUUUGAAUGGACCUUUACAGAAUCAGAGCAAGCUACCUACGAGCGUAUCUUUGGACUUUGGGAGCGUCCAGCAGAGGAGUGUGUAUCAUCCGAUAUUGCUGGGAAGGUCUUCAUGACACUUGGACUCCCGAAUAGCGAUCUCUACAAAAUAUGGCAACUGUUAAACCCGGAAGAAAAACCGGCGUUGACACGAACGGAGUUUAUCGCGGGUCUUCAUCUUGUGAACUGUAAGGCCAUUGGUUAUGAGUUACCGACGGAACUCCCAGACGAACUCAUGCUCUCGGCAGCAGCAGUUGGUCGAGUUAGUCUGCCGCCCCGUCCUAUCCAAGGCCCAUCUACCCUACUCUCAAACGGCUCUGAACCCACAUUUUCGGCAGUUACAACAGCGGCAGCAAAGGAGUCAUCUUCCUUCAUGUUACCCCUUCCAGUGCCUAUGGUUCAGGAACAGAGCACAAUCGCAAGUUCCCCGGGUAAUUCUGAUUUUAUGAACAUGUACAACCCACUUUUGGGUACUUUUAAUUCACCUCCGGGCGCCUUCAACCCAUCUGAGCUCAGCCAAGGACAACAAAAGCCUGACGAGUCAGAUAUCUAUGUUGCAUAUCCAUAUCAACCACCACAACCACCUUUCCCACAUCAGGAUUAUCAGGAGUUGCACCAGCACCAGCAAUAUGACUCUGUCCCUCAACCGGGUCAUGUCUCAUUUGAGUAUCAGUAUCAGCCAAGUCUACAUCAAUACUCUUAUGAAGAUGCAAUGCCAGCAGCUCCACAUCCCAAACCACACCCACCUGUUGCUCCUGAAACACCUGUGACACCCUCGAAACCAGGUCCACACGCGCUGCAUGAUCUGCCCGCAGAUGCUCCUGUGUUUUUGUCGAUGGAAGAUGAGCUGCUUUUGCGAAAUAGUGGUCAUGAUCGUCCUAGGUCUGCAGCACCCGAUGUUAUACAGCCGUCAAGCUCAUCGUUCCAAGCAAGCCCAUCAUCUUCCUCACAGCCACCCACGGCCACACAACCAUCAGCUGGAGCUAUUAUCAAGAACCGGCAUUCUGUGGACAAUCCAGAUUUGUAUCUCUCACCCCCGGAUGCUUGGGAUCAUGAUGAUGCGCCGCCAGAGUUGGAUGUCGAGGGUAGCUAUAUCAAGUAUCGAUCCGAUUUCAAGAACGACAUGACAGUGUCAGCUUCUGUCACAGCCAACCAUCCGAUCAAUCCCCAGUGCGGUUUGUUUUACUUUGAAAUCACGAUUGACGCCUACAAGGAGGUUAAAGGCAGUACUAUGAGUGUGGGCAUUGCCAGCAAAGCAUUGCGGAAGAAUUGUCAAGUUGGCUGGGACUUGAACUCUUGGGGUUACCAUAGUGAUGAUGGAUACCUGUACUUUGGAAAUGGUAAACAAUCCAUCAAGUACGCAUACGAAUACAAGGAGAAUGAUGUCGUGGGUUGUGGUAUCAAUUUUGUGGACCGUGCAGUGUUCUUUACGUUGAAUGGAGAUAUGUUGGGGGUGGCCUUCCGGUUCAUCAAGGACACAAUCCCUCUGUACCCAGCCAUCGGCCUGUCCCAUGCUGGCACAGAAAUCAAUGCCAACUUUGGAGACCAGACAUUCUUGUUUAACAUUGUGGACUACAAGAAGAGAAUCAUGUCCAAACCUGUUCAAGCUCCACAACUGAUUACAUGGAAUAACGGUGUCAGGAAUGACAAGAUCUUCAAAGUCUUAUCAGACGGUCUCUCUGUCAUUGCCCAUGAUCUUUCAAUGGGGAUGAAAGGGAGGUCAUCUUCUGCUGCUUGUUCUGGAUGUAUUCGUGGGCCAAAGGUCUCACCUCGCGAUAAGGAUGUCUUUUAUUUCGAGGUUACUAUUCUCUACAUGCCACCAACCAAUCUCGGAACGAUUGUGGUUGGCAUCUGUGGCAAGGAUCAGAGCAUGACUGAGACCUUGGGCUGGAAGGAGAAUUCGUAUGGUUAUUCAAGUGAUGAAAACUUUUUAUCACUCUCCAACAACCGGCCUAGCCUAAAUGCACGUUCACAGUCUGGGAAGAUGAAGGCACGUGCCCGUGGUCAACCUUUUAAAGCAGGAUCCAUUGUUGGAUGUGGUGUUGAUUUUGCGUCCCGGGAGAUUUUCUUUACACUUAAUGGUGAAUGCCUAGGUCAGGCGUUCUAUGGAGUGGAUGUGUUGGAUUGUUACCCAUGUGUGUCUGUUGUGGAGGAAGGUGGGGGAGUGGGAGGACCUCUGUCACAGACACAUUACCUCAACAGAGAGCAAUCUACUUUAAGUCAGUUCUCAUCAUCGAACAACAACACGAUCGGAUUUGAAUUCAAGGCCAACUUUGGACAAUACCCAUUCGUCUUUGAUCUUCCAGAAUUUGAAGCAUCAGAGGGACAAUAAUGACUAAUAAAUGAUAAUAAUCAUAUAUAAUAAUCAUUAUAAAAAAAUAAAAAUAAAAUAAAAAAAAGCUCUUCAAUUAGAGUCUACAAUAAACAG